AAGAUCCAGAACUAUUGUCACUGGUCAGUACGUAUAGAAUACCUUUCUUGAAAUAUGCCAACAGGUCCGACCGAAGUAGCUGCAGUGAUAAAUCAUCCGUAAUAUGGUUGACGAACGUCGGCGCAUUGCCCUCAUCGUGCACUAGAUGGCACGAUAAUGGUUAUUUGACCUGGGCGACUUAUUGUAAACGACCCUUAUGUGAUCAUGGAAAGUGGUGUGUUGGCAUUAACGCAUGAACAUUCUCACUUGGGUCAACUACAAAAGUGGCAUGACAGAAAAUAAACAUGCGCACAUGCUAUGAGUUUUCCUUCUGAAUACAAAAGUAUGAAAUGUCCUUUGAAAAUAUUCCCUUUUUACAGAUACUUUAAUACAGAGCGACGGUGCGGCCCCCUCAGCUAGAUUUAGGAACACUCCCAGGAGCACUAUUAUUGUGUGUAAAGUAGGUUAACAGUACAGAACAAGAACGUUCGCAUUCGUCAAUGCUCAAUAAAAAUUCGAUCUUAAUGUUCUUUGGAAGACUACUGAAGACAUUUUCUAAGUAAACUUGAAAAAUUUAUAUUGGCUCUUAAGGGUAUAUCCUAUGCCUAAUUCAAGAAUCUAAUUCAAGAAUCUAAGAUCAAGGUGGAACUACAGGUCAAGGUGAUAAAUUCCAGAUACUCAAAUUCAUACAGUAGUCGAUUGUCUCUUUAAUCUUGAUGAUCUUGUGAAAAGUUGCAAACGAGGCUUUUCGGGACUCUUUGAACUCAAUGUGGUGGUGCCUCGCACAUACGUGCAUGGUAACAACAAUGGUAAUUACCAUUCUAUUCAACGUGGAGAUUACAAUCUCUGAGAGAACUUCAUGUCGAAACUAAAACGUAAUAAAUUAGAUGGGCUAGUCUGUAGUUCGUUCAAAUGCUUUUGCCAAUGUUAUUUACGAAAGUUACUUACAAGUUGUAGUUAUCCUUUGCCACGGAACCUUAAACCAAUGCCAAAUUUCAGUCGCCUGUCAGCGCUAUCUGAAAUCAGUGUAAACUCGUAUAACAUUUUCCGUACUGUUGCGCUUGAGAUGCUUAGUUGUAUAGGCUACUAUACCCAUCCCAGGCGACCGAUAUGCUUAGCCCUAUUUGUCAUUGCAAGCCAAAAUAGCCCAAUCAACUGCGCAUUGCCCACGUUUAGCCACCGUACAUAAUAACAUGAAUCGUAAUUAGGGUUAAUAACUAAUGAACUGUACCAACAGGCUACAUAAAUCACAACUAAAACGACCAACAGGACUAAUGUGCAGAGUUCAGUGGUGCAAUUUGUGAGUUGGCUAUCUGGUGACAGUCAUCAAUAGUUCAACUAAUUUCCUUUAGAGAUGUGAAACUGAAAUGUGGCAACGCAGUAGGCCUACUUGCCUGCUGGUGGAUUUACUUCUGUUUGCACAAAUGUAUUAUUUCAGUUAGACAUUGAACCUUUCCGGUUUUGAUCUUGAAUUAAUUUCCCUUCUUUUGAAAUUUAGGACCGUAUGAUCUAAACUGAUAGGGUCUAAUCCAUAUGCACGAGCAUAUGUUAAAUUAGAUCUAAAGUUAUGUUGCAUUUUCUAACAUUUAAGUCUUCUGUAUAUUUCUGGUAGGAGUCCUUGUUUAACGUUGAAGUCCAAACCCCACCUCUCGUUAGACAGAUCCUCCCUUAAAUCACAUUUUUAAAUGAUUAAAGUAUUAUUAUUUUUAAUGCGUUAGGCUAUAACAUAGAAGUCGUCUCUUUUUCUUUUUUUUCGACAACUCUUCCGACUUAGCCUAAUAUCGGAAAAAAUAUAAUGACAUUUAGGCUAAAUCUCGCUGCAUCGUAGGCGUUUGUCGAAACUGCCGAUAAUGCUGAUUAAAUAGCUCACAUUAUCUAAAAUAUAGGUCAAUAAAAGCAGUCGUUGACCUCUUUUGGCUUUGCUCUUAGUUUGAUUGGCGAUAUUGGCACUUCAUCAGUGCAUUGACAGUAAAUCUUCAGAAGUCUUAAAUUCGAAUUUAUCGGGUCGUAGAUGAUCCAUUAGCACUCCCAGCCUGCACCAGCAGCCAUCAUCAAGGCGGUUAACCCUAAUCUCUUCAAAGAGAUUUUUUCGCCUUCAUUGUGACAACACCCUGGGGCCCACUUCAUCCAAUCCGACGAGGCGGUGUAUAAAGCCUUGGUCACUUUAGCCUGUGACACUCACACACUCGCAGAAACAACUCUACUCACUGAAAGAAAGUGUAAUGAUCAGCAUGGAUGCAGCAUUUUUCUGCGGGCAAUCUUAUGCCUCCCCAACACAAUAUUUUUGUGGCGAAAGGGACGAUGCGUCAGGACUGCCCACGAAAGCCCCGGAGACAAGACAGAAAUGCUCUUUCAGCAUUGAGGCUAUCCUCUCUACAAGUUCCCGGGAACCCGGCCAGCUCAAGACGGAACUGCAUCAGGGGCUAACGCAUCCAGCACCGCUUGCCCCUCAAUUAUGGCUUCCAUCGGGAUAUUCCACCCCGGGCUCCCCAUAUAUUCACAAUUACACAAGUUACCACCCAAACGACAUCCAAAACCAUAAUGGUUUUGCUGGGCCGUGUGACAAGCUGAUGUCAAGAAGGAGUUAUGUGCGCAGAACCUGCAGAAGAAUCCGUACUAUCUUCACCGAUGAGCAGUUGAUGAAGCUGGAGGAGGUAUUCAGCAAACAGCGCUACAUGACAGGGACGGAGAAAGUGCUCCUCGCCUCCGCUCUGCGACUCUCCGAGACUCAGGUGAAGGUUUGGUUCCAGAAUAGGAGAACGAGGUGGCGCAAGACCCAAGAAGAUAUGGCUGUAGCUAGCUCUCAGGACAGCAACGGACUCAAACAGCGUAGCUCUCCAAGGGAGGACGAGUUUAGCCCAUCUCAGUGGACGAGGAAGAUUCAUGGUCACCUUGAAGAAAAACAUGUUCGACGUGUUUUAUAGUUGCGUGCAAGGCUCAAAUGAAUGUACUGUAAUUUAAAUUCUUGUUACACAAGAAACGUUUUUAUUUUUUUAUUAUUAUUUUUUAGAUACUUGUAAAGUGAAAUGUUCAUUGUUUUAUCGAUGUUUUUACAGAGUGCAUGUGGUCCCUAUCUAACUCAUGAACUCUGUUAGUGUUGAAUUAACACUGGACAUUUUACAGUGCUGAGAUUGUAAUCUGCGAUGUUCCACCGUGUGGAGCAAGAUUGAGUCAUUGCUGUGUCUUUACAAUAAAAUUGAAUUUUCCGCCAUUGUUUACUCAUGAAUAAAACCUUUAAUUCAAUAAUAAAACGUCAUACAGAUUA